AAACCAACUUCAGCCGGGGAAUACGAGGCUGCGAAUAUCGAGCCAAACGAAUCUGGAGCUGCGAAUAUCAAACCAACUUCAGCCUCGUACAGAAAAAGGGGUACCCCGCAUUUAUUGUUUAUUUGUUUUUCUCUAAUUUUUAUGAGUAAUAACUGAAACCCUAAAUUAUCUGUCUCAAAGGUUUAUUGAGUGUGGGCCCACAAUAAGUCUGUUUUGAUAAUUAAUAAGUCUGAUACUUAUCAAUCUGGUAUAUCUGAAACUGCAGGGGGUAGUAUAAAUAACUAUUUGUGUUUAAUAUGCCCAUUGUUUUGUUUAACUCACUUUAUAUAAUGGUUCUGUGAAUUGAAACAUCUCUUUUGAACAGCUAGAUUGAGAUAACUCCAGUAUAUACUGGGCUGGCUGGAUUUAAAAUAAAUAUACUAGCUACAGUUAAAGUCAUUUCUAUGGUUUAUUUUUUAUUUCUAUUAUAGGCUGUGUUUUAUUUUGCUAGAUCUAGUAUAGAGUCACAUAUUGGAUGGUUUAAGUUUCUUAUACUAUUUACACAAGUUACAUAUAAAUGUGGCAGAUGUAAGGUUUUACACAAAGGGUUCAAGGUAAUAACGGGUAGCAGUAAUUAAUUCCAUAUUAUACAAACAUUGUCUAGCAGCUCAUCAAUUAUAUGACAGAGCACGUACCCACCUAACUCAUAUAGCAUAGCCUAGAGUUAAGGGGCGCUAUAUACACAUUUCCAAAAUAUAAUUAACUUCACUGAUCAGGGGAGAGAACAUUGAAACAUUUGAUUUGAUUUCACAAAUUAAGUUUUUUCAGUAGGUGAGCAUUAUAAAACCACACAAUGUUUAGGCCUUAGACCGCCCAACCAUAUUUCAUACAAUAGUGCAUUGUUUGCAAAAAGGCACAUGUUGGGAAUCGAACUUCUGUUUUUACAUGAGAAAUAGGCUGUGUGAAAUAGUGGGCUGGGUUAAGAGGAGGGGUCUUAUCUUCUUUAGGACUACAAAUUCAUGAACACUCACCUCACUCUUUUUCAUCUCAGUCCUCUGACCGAUGUUUCUGCACCAUUUCUGUAUGUGUUGAUUUCUUAAUAAACUGACAGAACAUUUAUUUUUUAAUCUAAACAACUUGACUUUGAUGAGUGUGGCCUAUGAUACAGCUCAGCCACCACUGAGGAGCAAAAAAAUGGGAAGCACUACAGAAUUGUCCUAUGACUAUAGUUCAGUUGACUACACAGAAUAUCAUCAUCCAUGUAACAAGACAACUUUGAUCAAUGUUGGAUCCAUUGCAAUUCCUGUGGUCUUUUCCUUCGUGGUCCUGCUCAGUCUGGUUGGUAAUGGAUUGGUUCUUGCCAUCCUUGCACGCUAUGAGAACCUCAGAUCAUUGACCAACAUCUUCAUCCUUAAUUUGGCUCUCUCUGACCUGAUCUUUACUCUUGGACUACCAUUCUGGUCCUCCUAUUACCUCUGGGGCUGGACGCUGGGUACUGAGGGGUGCAAAGGUGUGAGCUUUGUUUUCUAUGUUGGAUUUUAUAGCAGCAUUUUGUUUCUGAUGCUGAUGACCAUUCAGCGCUAUGUAGCAGUGGUACACCCUCUGUCUGACUGGGAGACGGGGCAGCGGUUUGCUGCUAUUCCCAUUCUUGCUUGGGUGGUGAGCAUUGCUGCAGCUGUACCAGUCUUGCUGUUCAGUGAAAAACAAAAAGCCCAAGAAGACUCUACAGACUUUCACUGUGAAUUUAACCCAGAUACUGGCAAGUUUGAUACAAGACAUCAACAGAACAUCUUCUUUGUGGUUGCAUUUUUAAUCAUGGGCUUUUGCUACAUAAGAAUUCUUCUGGCUGUCUUCAAGCGCCGGACAAGGAAGAAACACAGGACUGUAAGACUCAUCUUCUGCAUUGUGGCAGUCUUCUUUGUUGGCUGGGCUCCUUAUAACAUUGUGAUAUUCCUGAAAUCUAUCAAUACUAAACACUGUCAGGUCUCCACUCGUCUAGAUUAUGCAUAUUAUAUUAGCAAGAUGCUGGCAUUUUCUCAUUGCUGUCUCAAUCCAGUGUUUUAUGUUUUCAUUGGUGUAAAAUUCAGGAAUCAUUUAAAGGGGAUUCUACAAAAGAUUUUCAGGAGGCAAAGCAACAUGGACCCGCGAUCACGAAUUACAUCAGUUCAGUCUCAGGGGUCCAUGUACUCAUACUAAGAAAACUGUGGGAGGAAAUUUCCCAGAUAGCAACAAGUCAUUAAAUAGAUAUUAAAUUGAUUCACUCAUUGAUUCACUUUUGCACCCUGAACUAAUAUUUAAACAUAAUUAACAUUUUUACACAAAACAUUUACUGCAGUAAAUUAUGUUAACACACAGCAUGAUAAUUGUAUUAAAACAGGAUAUGGAAAUAAUAGUAAAAAACAAAUUCAAAUGUGGCAAUGUUAUUUUUUGAUACAAAAUUCAAAAACAAAGUAAACAUUAAUAAAACAUACACAAUUUCAUUAAUACAUUAAUAAAUUGGUUCUUCUUUCCAGUCUAAUAUAAAAAACUAUUGUCUACUAUGAUAUUAAUAUCACCGACAACACAAUGAUUGCUUUCUAGCUCCUUAUACUAAUGCUGGAGAUGUAGUUAUCUAUCUAGCUCUUAACCUUUCUAAAUAAUUAAUAUUCACUGAUACUUAUUAUAUUACAGGUAGUAACUUAGACAAUGAACAUUUUUAGCAGCAGGCUGUAGCUACCCAUCUGUGGUAGCCAACAUAGUACUGAUUUUUUUGUUCUCUAAAAAUCAAUGAUGUAUUAACACUGCCUUCCUAUCUGGGAUACAUGUCAUAUUCUGUAUAUAGAUGGUGAAUGUUGUAUAUUUGAUGCUGUAAUACAAACACUUUGUAAAAGUUUUGCCAAAAUGGCCAUUUACAAGGGAAGGAAAAGCCUUUUUUUUACUUUCAGUGGAAUUAAAAUAUUGUACUUCAGGUAAUUUUGGAGCAUGUCUAUUUAUUACUUUUUCAUGGAUAUAGAACAACUACCACAUUAAAAGUAUGUCAAAAAAAAAGCUAAGAUAAAAUGUGGUGAUAAGUAAGAUAGCUAAUAAAAUACAGCCGUAUGUGUGUUGUAGACAUUGAGACCCACAGCUCAAUUCACAACUGCUGUAAAGAGCAGGUAAACUGAUGAACCAGUUGAGUUUAGAAGCAUUUCUACUGCUCCAUUCAUCUUGAAGUGUUUUUUAAGUAAACAAUGGCAUAAAUAAAUAGACAUACACAAAGUUUUGCAUAAGAGUAAUGAUAUAUAUGUACCAUUCCUCCUUUAAGUGUUGCUUUGAUUUCUUUAAUUAUGUAAAUUGAGGUCAGGUAUGAA